GAUGCGCGCGCGCCGCUCCGGGAAACAGAGCUCCCGCUCGCCGAAGGAAAGACCGCGCUGGGAGGCUCUGCCGCCGGCCGCGCUCCUCUCCGCCCUCGCCGACCGCGCUCCUCUCCGGCCCCGCCGACCGCGCUCCUCUGCACCCCCGCCAGCGACGGAUCCUCGCCGCCGGCGCACCCCUCCCGCGGCCGUCCCCAAUGUGAGUCGGUGUCUUCCCUCCCCUGCUCCCCCUGCUGUGUGCCGGAGGCUCCCUAGUCCUACUCUGCCGACUGCUCCUCUUCACUUGCUCUGAAUGUCUAAUGCCUAAUUAUCCUAGUAGGUAUUUGUGAAUGAAUGCUCAAAGAUAGUACUUGGCUAAUAAGACGGUUUGAGAUUCAAUUGGAUCUAGUAUUAGUGUAUUACACGUGAGAGGUGUACCACAUUAUAUUUCAACCUCAUUGGUAAGAUGAAUAGCUUCCUCAUCCUCUCCUCCCCCUCACCAUGUCGCAUACUUGCAUCAUGCUCUGAUUUGAGUUCUUUGUAGGUCCCCGGCCCAUUCCAGAGUUUUCUUGUAUAUAUAUAAGAAUAAGAACUGCAAGAGAUCAAUUGCUUCAAUGUUUUUUCUUUAUGAAGCAACAAGCUAGCAGAGUGAUGGAUUGUUUACUUAUGUUCUACUGUAAUAGACUAGUACCGCCUACAGCAUUAGUACUUAUCUUCUCGUUUUUCUCCUUCCGUAUAAAAUCUUGAAUAAACAACAUAUUAAUUAGUCUCGUUUUGCUGUAGUAGCAUAUUUUUGUACGUCUCAUUUUGCUAUUCCUGUAUAAUAUAUGAUAUGAAGAUCCCACCCUGCAGAUGGAACUAGUUCUUUUGUAGAUGGCAGUGUUCUUGAACUAGUUCUUUUGUAGUUCCAUUGACAAUGGCAAUGUCCUCUGUUAUGUAAUUUGCACUUCCAAUGCCUAGUUCAAACUAUGGCAAGUAAUGAAAGUUGCAAAAUGUUCACCUACUAUCACAUGAUCUGGACCCACUAUGUGCGAGCUAAAUUGAUAUUGUGCUUGAAAUGUGUAGUCGGCCUUCUCAUUAGUUUGUGUCAUUUUAACUUGGCUGUGUCGAUGAAAUUGGUACAUGUGGAUUAGGCAUCAAUGAAAAAUUCUUCCAGUUCUUUUUUUGUUGAUAAAAGCCAUUUCAUUAAUUAGCAGCAGGUUGCUGCAAUGAUGGUGAUAAAAUCACCUGAUACAGAGUUUAAAGCUGUCAUUAGUGGACAGCUGUUUACAUGAGAAUAUUUCAUCAGAGAUGUUCCUGCCUAGUAGUUCAUUUGUCUCAGGGAAAUGAAGGAGUGAUGAGUUUGAUAAUGCAGCUUAAUUAUUGUCUUUAAUCUGCAAGCUACACCACUGCUAAGUGCUAACUUGGUAUGGAACUGGUGCAUGAUCCAUCCCAGCACAGUAGGAACAUGCAUUAGCUCAACUGUCAGUCACCAGCAGACACCGUCCAGUACAUCAUGCAUGUAGGUGAUCGCCUCGGGCUCAUGAGUUAUGAGAUGAUUUUGAAUUGCAGUUGGAACUGACAGCCGCACUAACAGUUUUAGCUCUGAAGCCCUAAUAAGGUCAACUCAAGGCACAUCUCUUCCCAUAGUACAUACAGUUUUGUGUUAACGGGUUAACUCGAUCACAAAUGGAUAGACGUUGGGUGCAUGGUGCACUAUUUACACCUCAGUAUAUUGGUGGUGUGAAAUCUUUCAUGAGCUUCGUUAGAGAGAGGUUUAAUGAGGAUGAAGAAAUUCUAUGCCCAUGUACUUGUUGUUUAAACCAUAAACAUCUGUACCAAAAUGAAGUGGGAAGGCACCUACUGCUCAAUGGCAUGUCAAGUACAUAUACAAGGUGGAUAAACCAUGGAGAGAGCAGCAGUGUUCAUGUUUUGGAGGAGCCAAUACUUGAGGAUGGAAAUGAUAAUUCUUUGGAGGAACCAGUACACGAUGAUGGGUUAAAUCACAUGUUAAGUGACCUCGUCGGCUUGGAACAUGUAAAUGUUGGUGGACAUGACCAUGGAAACCCAUCCAAUGAAGCUGCAUCACGUUUCAAAACUUUGAUUGAAGAGGCUAAGCGUGACUUAUAUCCUGGCUGCACCAUUUUUCAAGGCUGACAUUUGUGAUCAAGUUGCUCCAUGUCAAGUCUUACUAUAGGAUCACUAACUCAGCAUUUUCUGUAUUUUUGGAGGUAUUGUCAGAUGCUUUCCCAGAGUUCAACACUUGUCCAAAAUCAUAGGAUGAAGUAAAGAAACUGCUCCAUGAAAUAGGACUUGGUUAUAUAUCAAUUCAUGUGUGCCCACAGAAUUGUAUGCUAUUCAGGGGCGAAACAUAUGAAAAGCUCGAUAAUUGUCCAGUUUUUCAAGCAUCAAGAUGGAAAGAUCGUGAGAAUAAGAAGGUUCCUGCAAAGGUACAGAGGUAUUUUCCAUUGAUACCUAGGCUUCAAAGGUUGUUUGUUUCCAAGAAAUCAUCUGAGGAAGUACGGUGGCAUAAGUUGAAGAGGAAACACAAUGAGAAGGAAAUGACCCAUCCUGCUGAUGGAAAGGCAUGGGAAGAUUUUGACAAGUGCUGGCCUAAUUUUGCCGAAGACGCACAGAACCUGAGACUUGGACUUGCCACAGAUGGUUUCAAUCCUUUUAGCAACAUGAGUUCAUCUUACAGCAUGUGGCCUGUUUUUGUGAUUCCAUACAACUUGCCACCUUGGUUGUGCAUGCAAGAAUCUAAUUUCAUGAUGUCCUUGUUGAUUCCUGGUCCUACUUCACCGGGGAAAGCCUUUGAUGUUUUCUUGCAGCCUCUUGUAGAUGAUUUACUUAAGCUAUGGUCUGGGGUGAAUACUUUUGAUGCUUUGACCGGAAAAGAUUUCAAGCUUCCUGCUGUAGUGUUGUGGUGUAUUCAUGACUAUCCAGCAUUGAGUACUCUGUCAGGGCGUACCACAAGUGGUUACUUUGCUUGUCUCCAUUGUGACAAAAAUCCUCUGUCCUAUGCCAUAAGGAGCAAGCUAUGUUAUAUUGGGCACUGUCGUUUCCUUCCGAGAGGUCAUCGUUUGUGCAAUGCCAGUGAUUUUAAGUCUCUUCAUGGUACUAGUGAAAAGCCAGGUACUUUCACCAAAGAAGAGCUGCUAGAAGAACUAGAAAAGGUUAGAGAUGUUAGAGUUGGACAAAAAAGGAAGCGUUCUAGGGGUCAUGUGCCAAUUUGGGGUAGAAGGGUUUGUUUGUGGGACUUACCAUAUUGGUCAUCUCUGAAGCUCAGGCACAAUCUUGAUGUCAUGCACAUUGAAAAAAAUGUGUGUAAAAGUCUGCUCGGUACCAUUAUUGACAUCAAAGGGAAGUCAAAAGACACAACCAAUGCAAGGUUAGAUCUUGCUGAUCUGAACAUUAGGAAGGAGUUGCAAUUGCUGCAUAAUGGAGAUGACUAUGACGUGCCUAAAGCUCGAUAUACAUUGUCCCAGGAAAAGAAGACUCAAUUUCUGAAUUUCUUGAAGGGUGCCAAGUUUCCAGAUGAGUAUGCUUCAAAUAUACAAAGGUGCUUAACUAGUGAUGCAAUCAAGUGGCAAGGCCUGAAAACUCAUGACUGUCACAUUCUGUUGCAAAGGAUUAUACUUGCUGGGUUAAGAGGGUUGUUGGAUGAUGAUAUCUAUCGAACAAUUGCUGAGUUUGGCAAAUUUUUCAGGGAAUUGUGUAGCCAAAGACUGGACAAAGAUUUGUUGGCACGAAUGAAGAUGGAAAUUCCUAUCAUAUUGUGCAAGCUCGAGAAAAUCUUCCCCCCUGCUUUUUUUGAUGUAAUGGUUCACCUUGCUGUCCAUUUACCUGAUGAGGCCAUCCUUCGAGGACCUAUGCAAUUUGGUUGGAUGUACCCAAUUGAACGCCGCUUGUAUACUCUAAAGAAGUCAGUUAGGAACAAGGCACGUCUAGAAGGCUCAAUUGCAGAGGCUUAUGUGGCAGAUGAAGCCCUCAUAUUCUGCUCUAGAUAUAUGGAAGAUGUGGAGACAAGGUUUAAUCGGCUUCUAAGAAAUGUUGGAUUUUCAGAUCAAUCGUUGUAUACUGUUGAUGUUUUUGGGCAUGGUGUUAACCUUAUCGGUGCAUGUGAGUUUUCUUACACUGAGGAAUUUGAUCAGUUGUCUUGGUAUGUUCUCUAUAAUUGUGAUCGGGCCGAGAUAUACAUAAAAAAGUUUCAAGAUUCAUUAACAGCAUCAGGGUGGCUGCUGCAGAUCUUGACAGAAGGACUAAGCAGGGUUUUGUGAAUUGGUUUAGGAGUCAUAUGUGGAGUCCAAAUGCAGUGGAAGGGGCAGAUGAAGAUUUAUUUGCCUUAGCUUGUGGCCCUUGUCCUAGAGUAAGAUCGUACUCCACUUGUGUUGUCAAUGGUGUUCGGUACAACACCGCCGAGCGUGACAAAAACAAGAAGACACAAAACUCCGGGUUGGCCUGUAAAGGUGCACACAAAAAGGAGAUAAUUGAUUAUUAUGGUACACUUAAAGAGAUUAUUGAGUUACAAUACAAUGCCAAGGCUGAUGGUACGCAAAGAACAGUUGUUCUUUUUAGAUGUGACUGGUACAAAUUGGAUGGUAAGCAUACCUCAGCAAAGGAUGAUGAGUUCUACAAGAGUAUCAAUAUCAGCAACUUGUGGUACAAGAGAGAUUGUUUUAUUUUGGCAACUCAAGCGACACAGGUGUUCUAUUUGCCGGAUAAUAUGUAUGGAGAGAAUUGGCGGAUUGUCCAUACGUUUAAGCAUCGUCACUUGUACAAUGUGGCUGAAAAAGAUGGUGUUGUAUCCACUGCUGCACCCUAUCAGGAGCAGACAUGUGGUGUGGACAGUGGUAGGAGACCAGAAGUAUCUGACAUUUUACCUGAGAUGAUGAGGAGGUCCUUGUUCCUGCUGCUGAGGUUGCUCUGCUAAAUAAGGAAAAUCAAUUAAAUACUAAUAGUAGUGAAGCUGAAGAGUCUGAUUAAGAAGAGGAUGACACAAUAAUGGAGUAUUGGAGUGAAGAAGAAGCUGCACCUGUUGAGGUAGAUAGCGAUGAUGAGUAGAAUCUGUACUAGUGAACUGACCAUGAAGAUUCAUACGAAGAUCUGGAACUUGAAGAGGGCCAGUAGUACCUGUGUUUUUGGGCAUAAUACCUAUCUUUUCUUUUGGUUAAAAGUGAGCAAAAGUGGCCUCCUGAGAGCUGUGUGUAUCUCUUUCCUUAGUUUUUCCUGUUAGGGGCCUUUGUUAUGCUUCUUCUUUCUAUCUUCUGACUGCUCAAAACUAUGUAUUUCCGUUAUGUUAGUAAUGGAAAUGAGGAACUUCCCUUGGUUCGAAAAAAA